GAAAUUUACGCACAGUUAACUCCCUUGGAAAAAUGACUUCCUAGCAGCAUGUGCAACUGAUAUGAAUUGAACCCGUGGAGUGGACUUGACAGCAUGGAAACAUUAUUGACACCAGAAUUUGUAGAACGCCGGAUUUCCACUCUCCCGACCCUCAUUGAAGGAUGGGGUGUGAAGCAUUCAACACAUUACUAUCAGCUCGAUCUCAAGAUGUGCAGAGUGAAAACACUGGCCUACAGCUUCGAAUGGGGCAAAGAAAUCGUGCCACAACCUCGUCUUGUGUCAGUCCUGGAAAUGCCAUCAAGAAUAUUGCGCAUGGACCUUGGUCUCAAUGAGUUAGUUAGUUUGUCACAUGAUGGUCUUCUUCCAUUCAGAAAUCUCAGAUCACUUGAUGCUUCACUGAACCAGAUUAGCAGUUUCCAGGGUAUUGAAGUUUUAAGACAUCUGUAUUCGUUGAAUCUGUCUCACAACUUCAUCAAGCGUGUCGAUGGAUUAGCUAACAGCAUAGCACUGGUGGAACUCAACCUCAGCAUGAACGAGAUAGAGGAUAUUUCUGCCAUGCCUAGCUUGAUUAAUCUUCGUGUUCUGAACAUCAGCAAUAACAAAUUGAUGAGUCUUGAGGGCAUUUCUGCACUGUCUAAACUAGAAGAGCUUUAUGUCCAGCGUAAUAAGCUGUAUGACAUUGUUCCAGUUACCAGUUUGUUUCACAUUCGUGUACUGAAUGCAGCAGAUAACAACAUUAUGAAUUUUGACGAUGUGCUGAGAGUUCUCCAGAAAGUCAAGUGGCUGCAGGUUCUCUGUCUGCAUGGAAACCCAAUUGACAGAGAGCGACAUUAUGAAGCUGAUAUACUGCGAGCCUCAAAUGUUAUGACUCUUGACAACGUGUCAGUACGUCCACUGCCAAAGAAAAGUAUUGACAACAGGAGGCACACAGACAAUAUUCUCACACUGAAAGAUGCCGCCAAGCAAGCUUUUGAAGAAAGGAUGAAGGUUUCAAGAAAUGAAAUGGAAGAAAAUGUCAACUUUUUGCAGAGAAGAAUUUUGUCACUGCAAGAUGAACAUAAAGAUUUUGAGCAGAAGAUGAGAAAUGACUUGGAAGUGUGUUCAAGGUAUCUUGAUUCGCUGACAUCAGGAGAGAUUGGCUAUGUGGAGAAAAAUGCACUACGAUUUCCUCCUGGAACUCCAAUACCUUGGGAUAUGCAAAGUCUUGCACCAAGUCGGGCAGAAGGAAAAAAGGAUUACAGCAAUGUAAAAGACACAGAUGAGCUACUGACAUGUGCUUAUAUGGAACUGGCAAGAGACAAAGACAACCUUGGACAUAUUUAGGACAUUCUCCGAAAAUAUUUACUUACUAGCCUUAUCACUAAAUCACCAAAAGUCAAUUAAAAUUAGUUUUAUGGUUUACUCACAGGUCACCAAAAUGGAUGACUUACGGCAAUAUGUGAGGAAAAACUAAUAACAAGACUGACAGAUGUGAUCUUUCACAAAAUGUUUUUUGUUUCCAGAUCAUUUUAUUAUAAUCUUCCAUUCUGUGAUAACAAUAUGUUGUUAGUGAUAAUGUUUAGUGAUUAUUGGUGAUAAUAUUCAGUGAUUAUUGGUGAUAAUGUUUAGUGAUUAUUGGUGAUAAUGUUUAGUGAUUAUUGGUGGUAAUGUUUAGUGAUUAUUGGUGAUAAUAUUCAGUGAUUAUUGGUGGUAAUGUUUAGUGAUUAUUGGUGGUAAUGUUUAGUGAUUAUUGGUGAUAAUGUUUCAGUGAUUAUUGGUGAUAAUGUUUAGUGAUUAUUGGUAAUAAUAUUCAGUGAUUAUUGGUGAUAAUGUUGAGUGAUUAUUGGUGAUAAUGUUUAGUGAUUAUUGGUGAUAAUAUUCAGUGAUUAUUGGUGAUAAUGUUUAGUGAUUAUUGGUGAUAAUAUUCAGUGAUUAUUGGUGAUAAUAUUCAGUGAUUAUUGGUGAUAAUAUUCAGUGAUUAUUGGUGAUAAUGUUUAGUGAUUAUUGGUGAUAAUAUUCAGUGAUUAUUGGUGAUAAUAUUCAGUGAUUAUUGGUGAUAAUAUUCAGUGAUUAUUGGUGAUAAUGUUCAGUGAUUAUUAGUGGUAAUGUUUAGUGAUUAUUGGUGAUAAUGUUUAGUGAUUACAAAUGUUGCAUCUGAUUUAUAUGUUCAAACAGAUGUAUGAAUGAUACGAAGAAUUAUAUUAUUUAAUAAUUUAGGACAGGUAUAUUUUUAGAGCAUUUGCACCAGUUGUAAGGAACACUAGAGUGCUGCAAAAGCCUUAAUGUAGUCUCAACACAUGUUUUAUCUAUUUACCAAAUAUACUUGACAGGCCUGCAAGUGCCUUUUUAAGUCGCACCUGAUUUGUAUGUUCAGAACUGAAACUAUUUAUUAGCAUGGCCAUUUUGGUUUGAGAAACGGUGCACAUAUUAACCAGCUUUAUUAUUUUAGUUUACGAAGGUUAGUUUUUUUUUUAUCAGGGCUCACACUGGAACAAAUUUUGUUCAGCCAAUAUAUAGAGUAUUUCCUUGAAAGUAAUUAAAAUGUGGUCAAUUUAUUAGUCCGGUACGAAUUUGUCAUUUGUCAAGCUUUGACAGUGACAAACUUAAUAUUGAUGGUAAUUUUUUAGUUGAAGCAGUUUGAUGCAGUUUGUUUUAAAACACUUGCAGCAUGCAUGUGCUUAUAAACUCUUGCUAGAACGUCUUCGUGUUUGCCUGGAAAGUUUCACAUGUUUGUUAAUAGAUUCGAGCAAAGCCACUAAGCCAAUGUUUUCCAGAUGCCUCAAACAACCAACACAUCUUUUAACCCAAAAAUUUACUCUUCUAAACUGAACAGUGGACAAAUAAUCUAGUGCCAUUGUGUUUUUUUUUUUAAUGUAAGUUGUACGGUCCUGCAGGAAGUGGACAUUAUUUACAUCGGUUGAUUAGAUCGGUCGUGCGAUAUGCGCAUGCUCCGAAUUAGUUGUCUGUCUAUAUUUAACAAUUGUCCUUAGGUUUAGCUUUUGUUGCUGUUCUGACGAAGGUCAAUUGAGCAAUAAAAAUUAAAUAGAAAUAUAUAAUAUUUGUUUUGAAAUAACUAAAGUACACAUUAUUCAAUACAUUUAUUAGGAGCUUUAUACAUGUAAUUAUAAUUUAUUUCAGUUUUGAAUGUGAGUGAAAUUCGUUGUCAUCUCAUAGGCCACAUGCCAUAGCUGUGACCAGACCUGUCAACCUUUAGUCAAGAGAAAGCAGGAGGUGUGUGUUGAAAAAGCAAGAGAUUUUGUAAAAAAGCAGGAGAUCUUUUAAAUUAACACAAUUUAACCCACAAUCCCAAGAUUUAAAAAAAUAUAUAUAUAUUACAAUAAGUUAUAUGAACACUACAUAAUGUCAUAUAUACUUGUUAACCUUAGAUCUUGGCAUUUAAAAAA